AUGCUUUCUUCGGAUCUCUCUCCGCUCCCGGGAUCGCCGGGAUCUGAACCCCCGUAUGGCUCCGCGACCACUGUCGCGUGCUGUACCUACAAGCUGGACGCGCCGACGGCAGCGACGCUCGUGGCGCUGCCGUCGCCAGACGCGUACGCGUCGUUCUGUCGCUCGGCGUCGGCUUCGAGUCUCCUUCCGCACCUUUUUUUGGCGGGAACGACGGCCGCUGACCAGCAGAGCAACCAGCUGCAUGUUUUAGGCUACGCGGAAGAGACCUGCGAAGUCGAGUGCAGCGCGCGGCUGCGCCACGCCCCGGAGAUCCACGCGCUGGCGCUGCUUCCUGCAAGCUCCGUCGCACCGGACGCGGCUGCCUCGGAUGAGCAGCAGUCAAGCGAGGGCAUGGGGGAAGAGGAAGAGAAGUGCCCAACAGGCUCGCUCGCUUUCUUCACCGCUUUUCCUGACCGCAGCACGCGAUUCGCCACGGAUCGCUGCGUACUCUGGCGGAGCCCCGCAGUCUUUCCUUCGCCCGCAGGGAGCCUCUUGGACUGCGGAGAGAAAGAUGAAAUGGUUCGUGAGGCCUCGCAGCCCGCCGAGCUGCAGCCCGUUCAAGUCGCAGAGCUCGCCAGCGGAUCUAACAAACGCUUCUCCCCCAUCCGCAAGCUCGUGAGCCCGCGCGGCGACGAUCGCGGCUUCGAAGAGAGCGGAAGGGAGGGGGAGGAACUGCUCGUGUUGAUGGACGACUGCUUCGAGGUCUUCCAGCGCACGGAGGCGUCCUACGAUAGCGUCAGCGAGAUCUUGGCCGAGCCGCAGCACCGAUUCUGUUCAGCCGCGUUCGCCUUCAACGAACCUCACACGGUCGCGGCCGUAACCGCACGCGAGGACUCUCUCGGCGGCGCGUGCGUGUAUGGGAGCGGCGGGCGCCUUCAGAUCUUCGAUCUCCGCGCAAGUACGCGCGCCGUGGCCUCCGCGGUGAACCCGCAUGGGGCCUUUGCGGCGCCGCUCGCGAUCGACUCCAACCCAAACCUCUCCUUCUCGUUGGUCUCCGGCGCAAGCGACGGAUCUGUGGCCUUCUGGGACUGGCGCAUGCUGCACCACCCCGCGAUCCUAAGAGAUAUCCACUCUCACUGGGUCACCUCAGUGGCCUUCAACGCCUUCCACGACCAGCUGCUGCUCACGGCGAGCACGGAUAGUACCGUGAAGCUUCACCACGCGGAGCCUCUCGCGGUGGGACGGAGCUUGCCGCCACGGGCGGGCGGCGUCAGUUCUUCGGGAGUGAAGAGAGAUAACGGCAGCAUCGAGGGAGACGACACGCACGCGGCGGACGCGGGCGCGGGCGACGGCGGAAGACAGCGAGAAAAGCGCGAAGAAACCAGUCACGAGCUCAUUUCUACCUACGAAGGAAGCGAGGACUCUGUUGCAGCUGUCGCGUGGGCAUCUGACGACGCCUGGGUGUUCGCCGCGCUCACUGCGGAGGGUCGCGUCUCGUUCCACCAGGUGCCUCCAAAAGAAAAGUACCGAAUUCUUCUCUAG